AUGUCAAAAAUCGGAAGGAAAUUUGUGGAAAUAUGUAGGAACAGAACUGUUCCUGGAUACAAGUUACAGAAGAUGCCUUCAAAGUUCGAUAAUAUAGUGGUGGGAAUAUCUGGCGGGGUUGAUUCUUCAUUAUGUGCUGCUUUAUUUGCAGGCUAUCCUAACCUACAUGGUGUUUAUAUGCAGAAUUGGGGAAAAGAUCAGUCCUUAACGAAGCCAGAAGAGGAACCGUGUUAUGAAAGAGACUGGAAAGAUGCCCAGAAAGUAGCUAAACAUUUAAACAUUCCUAUCGACUUUGUUAAUUUCGAGAAGGAUUACUGGCUCAAAGUUUUUGAGCCUAUGCUUGAGCAAUACAAUCUUGGAUAUACUCCCAACCCCGAUGUUGGCUGCAAUAAGUUUGUGAAAUUUGGCAGUUUAAUGGAUCAUCUCGACGAAAAGUUUGGGAAGGAUAACUACUGGCUAGUAAUGGGUCACUAUGCUCGUGUUUUAGAGUACGAGAACUCUAAAGAAAAGGAUAAUAACCAUUUACUACGAGCAUUUUAUGGAAAGAAGGAUCAAAGCUAUUACUUGUCUCAAGUUCCAGUUUCUGCGUUAAAGCAGAUCAUUUUACCCAUCGGACAUUUAACGAAACCAGAAGUGCGAGAUAUGGCAUCUGAACUAAACUUACAUACAUCUACUAAGCCAGACUCCCAAGGAAUAUGCUUUGUGAAUAACUCCCAGCAUGGGAAAUUCAAAAACUUCUUACAAGAGUAUCUACCGUCAGAGCCAGGAAAUAUAGUCACUAUAGAUAGAGAAACUGGAGAAAAGAAGGUAUGGGGCCAACAUUCCGGAUUGUGGUCUUAUACAAUUGGUCAAAAGAUUGGGUUGUCGUUACCUCAGGGCGAUCCUAGGUACCAAGGUGCUUGGUAUGUUAGUGAUAAACGUCGUGAUACUGGCGAAAUUGUCAUUGUGAAAGGCAGAGAUAAUGAGGAACUUUACAGCGAUAGUGUACACGUAAAGCAUUUCAAGAUAUUAUCGCAGGAAAAUCUUUCAGAUAGCCUGCUAAACGAGAGUAUCAAGAAUGGAACGUUGUACAUGCAGUUUAGAUCGCUACAAAAACCAGUUAAAGCAAUCGCGUAUCAGUGGGUCAACCAUAACGAAUUUUCGCUUAAACUAGCUUCCAAGGAAAGGGCGAUGGCACCAGGCCAGUACUGCUGUCUAUAUGCUAAUGACAGAGUUCUCGGUAGUGGCAUCAUUGAUUCAGUCAAUUAA